AUGCGCUUCACCACCUCCGUCGUUGCUGCUACGGCGGUCCUCGCCACCGCAAAUGCUGCCGCUACGCCUGCCAAGUGCAAUGCCGACAACUGUCUACGUGCCCUCCGUGCCACGCAGGUCCCUAGCCGUGUCGAGUCCGCCAGAGCCUUUUGCUCGUCUUACACGGCUGCUGGCGCCACGAAUGUGCCUGUUCCGACGUACGCCGCCAGCGGCUGCAAGGACAAUCAGAACGGCAAGAUGAACGAGCGCAUAUCUAGCGCCUGCGGCUGUCUCUCAUCUGCCACCAGCACCACCACCGCUGCUCCCACCAAGACCGCCGAGCCCUGCGCCUUGGCAAGCGCCGACUGGGCCAGCCGCGUUUCCGCCAGUCCCAACGCUGUCCCCUCCAUUGCCGCCUCCCUCGCCCACGACUGCCUCCAAUCGGUGCCUUUCAACAAGGAGCGUGCCGCCGGCAUCUUGAAGGCGCUUGAGCCAUACCUUGACUGGCAGAGUGACGCGGCCUAUCUCAAGGACCCCCCCACAGAUUACGAAUACUCCCCUUAUGACUUGUUCGCGGGAUUCAAGGAGGUAAUGAGCAAGGUGGAUGCGGGCAAGUACUCUGGCGAGUACGAGUUCCAGAAGGACAUCCAGCAAAAGAUUUACUUUCCUGGCGUCGAUGGCCACUUUUGGCUGACGGCCGACUCUAUGAGCGUCUUCAGCUUCCGCUCUCCUCGUGGUGUUGUCUCCUACAGCGAGGACGGCGUAGCUCUCCCCGUCAUUAAGAUUCUUGAGGAUUAUAAACUUGACUUCGAGGCUGCCUCCGUGCUUCUGACCAUAAACGGACAAGACGCCUCCGAGUUCAUCGAGGAGCUCGCCAAGAGCGGCACCUACAGCCAGGACGUCGACACUGCCUACAACACCUUCUUCUACCAGGCCAGUCGUGCACCAUUCGCCCUCAAGGGCCAGUUUGGCAGCGCUGCUCGCUCCAGCCCCCUCUACCGUGGCCCCGACAUUACAUUUGGCUUCGCGAAUGGAACAAGCACCACCCUUCCUAUGCCUGCCCGCGUAAACGGCAACCUGACCGGCGUGACCGACGGCGCUUCCUUCUACCAAAAAUUCUGCCAGCCUCUCCCCCCUGCCCCUCCCUCUCAGCCGGACCCGAACGAUCCUGAACCCCCUCUGACCGGCUACCCCAAGCCCGUUGUCCGCACCAACGACAACGUGGUCACCGGCUACUACCUCCAAGGUGCGGGUGUUGACAACGUCGCUGUCUUGGCCAUGAACAGCUUCGAGCCUAAGAGCACCGUCGAAUUCCAGUCUGUCAUCCAAGACUUCCUGGCUGGCGCGGCGCAGGCCGGCAAGACGAAGCUUGUCAUUGAUUUGCAAGGAAACGGUGGUGGUUAUAUUGCCCUCGGCUAUGAGCUGUUUAAGCAGGUUUUCCCCGACAUCCACGAGGAUGGCUUUUCCCGCUGGAAGGAGUCUGACGGCUUCGUCGCCCUCGCCAAGACCAUCAGCGAUAAGCUGGAGGGCUUCGACCCAGCCAAUAGCAAUGAUUCCGACUUGAUCAACAUCCAGCAGUCAGAGCUGAACUGGCGCUACGACGUCAACACGACCUUUGGCAACUUUGUCUCUUACGAUGACAAGUUUGCGCCUCACGUUUAUAAGAACACUCCCUACUCCAACCUCAUGGCCUGGAACUGGUCCGAUCCUCUGACUACCGCCAACGCUACUUUUGGUAUUGGUAUCGACAUCACCGGCUACCGUUCUCGCAAGAAUGCUACCAAGUACUACAACGCCGAGGAUGUCAUUCUCCUGUACGAUGGCGACUGCGCUUCCACUUGCUCCAUUACCUCUGAGCUCUUAAGGCUCAAUGCUGGCGUAAAGUCCGUUGUUUUUGGUGGCCGCCCCCGGGCCGGUCCUCAACAGACGAUUGGUGGUGUAAAAGGAUCUCAGGUCUACAAGUACAGCGACAUUUUGUGGUUUACCUCUAGGGCCAGCAACUGGACUGACGACGCUGCAACUAAGGCUAUCCUCGCCAAGUACACCGACAUCACUCCUUUCCGUAUUGCUGGUUCUGUCAAUGUCCGCGACCAGAUAGUCCGCGACCACCUUGACGACGGCACCCCCUCCCAAUUUGUCGCCGAAUACGCCGACUGUCGCCGCUUUUGGACCAAACCCAUGAUUGAUGACAUUCAGGAGGUCUGGAAGGCUGCUGCCCAGUCUGGGUUUCACAACGCCGAUUGCAACUGGGGCGGCAUCAAACGCACCAGCAGCGCUCAGAGCUUUGCUCAAUCCCGCCCUGUUCCUGGUUCUGCUCCCACCUUCAUCUCGUAUACUGUUGAUAAGACAUCCAACCCAGAAGUGCAGGAUAUUGCCUGGCGCGCGCACCACCUCGUUGAGGCGCCUAAGCUGGAGGGUUAA